AUGGGUUGUUGUUCAUCGCGACCGGACAACUCUGAAAGCCCUCAACAUGGGCGUGCUACGGCGCCUCCUCCCGUCCGGCACUCUCCUCAAGUCAUCACCUCGCAGACUGCAAUUAACUCCUCGACGCAAGACCACCAUGCCCCUUCACUUGCACCUCCAUCGGGUCUAUCAAUCCCACAGAGUGAUACAUCUCACUCUGCCCUUUCCACGCCCAGACACUCGGUUCAGAACCAUGGAUCUCGCCCGCCCCGGUCGGGUUCGCUGGCAGAACACUAUAACCUACCUCUGCAAAUUCCGAAAACGUGGACGAGUAAAGACAGGACAUGGACACGGACACGACUACAGCGAGAAAGGUACGAGUUUUUUGAGACUCGAGUGACCGGAAGACCCGAGAUCUGGGAGGGUCUCAAACAAGCCAUUGAGUGUCUUCGAGAAGGGGAUUUGCCAGACGCACAAGGAAUCAUCGACGCCCUCGAAGUUACCCUCCCGACCGGUCGUCUGGAAGAGGGAGCGUACGACGCACAAGGAAGCCUGUACAAAAUCCCACAAGCCGUAAUCUCUGAUCCCACAGACGUGAUCGAGGAUAUUGCCGACAUGGACAGUCAGACCGUCUCUGGACCAGCUGACUCGGAUACUUUAGCUAUGAAACUUGAGGCCGCCGAGGAUGCAAAUAUGGGGGUUGGUCAGGCCCAGACCGAUGCCGAGAAGACCAAGGAAGCGAAGGGCAAGGCUGCAGUAGACAAGGACGCCAUGAAUGUGCGAUGUCGACUGAGCGAUCGUGGUGGACCGGACGUUGUCGUUCAGCUAGGUAGGACACAGCGAGUUGGAUUACUAGCCCAGAGAAUCAGAGACGAAACUGAUAUGCAUGAUCAAGCGCGCAUCAGGAUUGCCUAUCUUGGCAAAAUCCUCGAUGACAGACGUACACUUUCCGAACAAGGCUGGAAAGAAGGUCAUGUCAUUCAGGCAUUGGUCGUGGGCCGCUUUGCAACUUGA